GGACUGGCCAGGGCCGGGAGCCGGGUGCCCUAGUCGCCCCCGGGGAGGCCGUUCCAGUUAACCUUAGCUACAAAGUCAAAGAUGGCAGGGCAGGGAUCCAGCCAGUGCUGACGCCGCUGUGGCAGACCUUCAGGGAUGGAGAGCAGCAGGCCUGGUGACAGCACAGGAGAUGGGCUGGUGAUGAAGAUCAAGCAAGAGAAGCCAGAGCGGCUGCUGCAGACACUGGUGGGACAGGCCACACUCCCAGAGAAAGACAAGGAGAACAUCUGCCACCAGCAACAGGGCCUCCAGUCAUGCCAGACCAUGGGCCGGCCAUGGGCUCUGGGGGCACAGGAGGAGCCCGGGCGUCCAGGGUGGGCCCCUCCCCCUGAUCCCGAUGCGAGGCUGGCCGGCCGGGCCCCAGGGUCAGCCAUGGGCCCACUGAGCCCGGCACUUUCUGUGGGCGAGGGUCACUUUGUAUGCGUGGACUGCGGGAAGAGGUUCAGUUGGUGGUCGUCCCUGAAAAUCCACCAGCGCACCCACACCGGGGAGAAGCCCUACCUGUGUGGCAAGUGCGGCAAAAGCUUCAGUCAGAAGCCCAAUCUGGCACGCCACCAGCGGCACCACACGGGCGAGCGGCCCUUCUGCUGCUCAGAGUGCACCCGGCGCUUCAGUCAGAAGCAGCACUUGCUCAAGCACCAGAAGACCCAUUCCCAGCCCGCCACCCACUCAUGUCCCGAGUGUGAGCGCUGCUUCCGCCACCAGGUGGGCCUGCGCAUCCAUCAGCGAGCGCAUGCCCGGGACCGCCAGGGUGCGCGCACUGGCCUGCAGGAGGCGCUUCGGGACACAGCUCAGAGUGCACCCGGCGCUUCAGUCAGAAGCAGCACUUGCUCAAGCACCAGAAGACCCAUUCCCAGCCCGCCACCCACUCAUGUCCCGAGUGUGAGCGCUGCUUCCGCCACCAGGUGGGCCUGCGCAUCCAUCAGCGAGCGCAUGCCCGGGACCGCCAGGCAUCAGCGCGUGCAUGCUGCCGAGCUGCUGCGCCCCGGGCCCGCGCUCUUGGGCAAAGAGUCGUGCCCUGAGCCACCUGCCCAGGUCCCCCGUGGCCUGGACACACAGCUUUGCAGUCCCCAGGGGCUGCAGUGCCAAGGGCACUCGGGCCUGACGGGGCCUAGCGAGCAGCGCCAGUUCAUUUGCAACGAGUGCGGCAAGAGCUUCUCCUGGUGGUCCGCUCUCACUAUCCACCAGCGCAUCCACACGGGCGAGCGGCCCUACGCCUGCCCAGAGUGCGGCCGCCGCUUCAGCCAGAAACCCAACCUCACGCGGCACCAGCGCAACCACACCGGGGAGCGGCCCUACUUGUGUGCUACCUGUGGCCGUGGCUUCCGUCAAAAGCAACACCUCCUCAAGCACCAGCGCGUCCACCGUGGAGCCCUGGCACCCAGGCCACGUGCCUCCCAGGAGGAAGAGACGCUGGGCCUGACGGGGCCUAGCGAGCAGCGCCAGUUCAUUUGCAACGAGUGCGGCAAGAGCUUCUCCUGGUGGUCCGCUCUCACUAUCCACCAGCGCAUCCACACGGGCGAGCGGCCCUACGCCUGCCCAGAGUGCGGCCGCCGCUUCAGCCAGAAACCCAACCUCACGCGGCACCAGCGCAACCACACCGGGGAGCGGCCCUACUUGUGUGCUACCUGUGGCCGUGGCUUCCGUCAAAAGCAACACCUCCUCAAGCACCAGCGCGUCCACCGUGGAGCCCUGGCACCCAGGCCACGUGCCUCCCAGGAGGAAGAGACGCUGUAGUAUGAGCCCAAGGCAGAGAGGUCAUGUGUGGUGGGGUGGGGGGGGGACUGAGAGGGCUGGAAUGUUGGCACUUUCCGUGAGACCCAUUCAAAAUGUUCCUCCAGGUGCAAAGGCACGAGAACAACUCCAGAACCUUCUUGAGGGCACCUGGCAAAGUGCCCAGGUUGUGCUGAGGGAGGAGGUGGGAUUCACACUACCCAUCGAGCCUAGGCCCAUAGUGUGUACUGUGCGCCUCCAAGAGGUGGACCACAGACCUCUCGGGCUCUGGUUGAGGGGAAUGUUGGGGUCUCUGAGAGGCUCGUGGUGUGACAUGGCCAGGGUUGGUCCGGUGUAUUCCUAGCCUCCCAUGCUCAGCUUGCAGUGUAGCCUGGGGACUGUCUCCAUGAGGCAGUGGCCACAGACUCCGAAGACCAAGGAUGGAGUGGAGGCAGUGGAUAGGGAGGGCUGAGCAUAUUCCCAACACCAAGGACAGUGUUUACACUUAAUGACUGUCCAAUAAAUAUUUCUGGAGAGCUGAGUAGUUUGGUGGUCCUUGUCCAACACUGUGUCUCCAUGGCCCAGGGUGCUGGGGAUAGUGAGUGGCUGGUUGUGACUGACUUGGGUCCUUAUCCACCCAGGAGUUGCAGAAGAGAAAAAUGAAGGACUGAUUAUUCCACAUGGUGUCAUUGUCUGAGUCCCCCUUGGUGAAUCCCGGGUCACAGAGUGUUUCAGUGGAUCCAUCUGCCCAGAACCAGGGCAGGGAGCUAUUGCCCUGAGCCCAGCAAUUCCCCUCUGCCAGUUCUUGCUCCACCUAGGAGACAGUUUCUCCCCUCUUCUCCUUCAAGUCCAUUGGUAUCUGUUCCCACAUAACCCUGGGCCUCUCACCCCCUACAGCUCAAAUCCCACACUGAGCAAGUGUGCUGGGGUCAUCACACCUGUAUGCUCAGCUCUUAGCAUCAACACGAAGCUAAACUGGAAGGGGUUUCCUGGGUACCCCUCUGACCCAUGCCAGUCCUAGGUGCCCCCUGCCUCCCCCUGAAGCCCUGCACCUCUCCUGCAACUCCUUUUCCAGCCUGCUCUGCCCUGCCCAGAAAGUGCCCAGUGCCCUUGGUUACAUUAAAAUCCAAUCUAGCCAUGGAAGACACUCCAAAGUCAUUUGCUUCUUCCUCUUUGCCACUUAGAAAACCCUGAAGCCAAUCUGAACAAGCUCGCCCACUCCAGGUUGUCUGCAAGUUGGACCUCCCAGCCUCACGGGGCAGUUGUUCGGCUGCGAACGUCGCGGCUGCGGCGCUGCGGCAGGGACGAGGCCCAGGAGGCGGCGCCAUGGUCUCGUGAUUGCAGCUGGAAGCGCCCAUGACCGAGCUGGUCACCUCCGAGGACGGAUCCCCUGUGGGGGACGUGGAGGAGGGUCUGGGGGACGAACGAGGCCUGGUUAUCCACCACCCUGCAGAGGAGCAGCCUUACCGCUGUCCACUGUGCGGCCAGACCUUCUCGCAGCAGCCCAGCCUGGUACGGCACCAGAAAGCGCACGCCGGAGCAGGGCGCACAGCCGCCUUCGUGUGCCCAGAGUGCGGUAAGGCCUUCAGCGUCAAGCACAACCUGGAGGUGCACCAGCGCACGCACACCGGCGAGAGGCCCUUUCCCUGCCCCGAGUGUGGCCGCUGCUUCAGCCUCAAGCAGAACCUGCUCACGCACCAGCGCAUCCACAGCGGCGAGAAGCCGCACCAGUGCGCGCAGUGCGGCCGCUGCUUCCGUGAGCCGCGCUUCUUGCUCAACCACCAGCGCACACACGCGCGCAUGCCAGUGCCACACCCCCGCCGCCCUGGCGUCUUUGGGGAGCGGCGACCCUACUUCUGCCCCCGCUGUGGCAAGAGCUUCGCGCGCGAGGGCUCGCUCAAGACCCACCAGCGCAGCCAUGGCCACGGGCCGGAGAGCCAGGCGGCUCAUUUAGGCCACGUACUAUGAUCUGUGCGCCAUCUGUUACCAUAGGCCGUCUCUGGAACCCGAUCCAUGUCUGGGUCUCUUGGAGAUGGCACUGGGCUGUGUUCCCCGCUGCGGCUGGGCGUCUGGGCAGGCUUGGGGUGUAUGAGGGGCUGCCCCCUUUCUCUCCUCCCCCAGGGCCCUCCUUUUGGCUGGGCUCACACGCGUUGAUUUUGCUCUGCAGGCUCCUGCUGCUUGGAGCAGGUAAGUGGGUAAACUCCGCAGGUGGGAUUCAAGGGUGGAGUGUGUGGUGUUGAUUUUCCAUAUCUGGUGGAUGUCCUGGGCAAGCAGAUCGAGCAGGUCUCUGUGUGACUCGCUGCUUACGAGAUCUUCAUUCCCAGAAUGUCAGAGUUGAAAGCGUCUUGGAGAGGGCAGCUUGCCACAAUUCCCCAGGCCCAACCUCAGCCCUCAAGACCUCCUGCUUCUGGCACCAACUCUCUGGUGUCCUUGGGAAAUCAUCCCACUUCAUGUCUCAGUCUGCCCAUCUGAAAGUUGGGGAUAGAGAGCAGAAACUCCUCCUCCUUCUCUCUGGGAUACAGUGAGGAUUUGCCUGAGAGGGGUGACACCACUUUUCCAAAAAGCUUUGGCUGAGAACUCUCUGUCUGCCACCUGCUGUGCUGUGUACCACUCUGGGAAGAGCCACAGAUUCAGAGCAGGCACAACCUUUUGACCCAGGAGGCGCAGGGCACAUCUGGGCACAGAGACUAGGAAUCGAGUCCCAUAGUGGCCUGACUGAUGCUGUACCCUGGCCUGAGGACACAUCCCCUAAGAAGACCAACUUCAGGAGGUGCCCUGCAGUGACUGGGAGAAGUUACCUGAUGGAGCCUGGGAUGAGAGGCUGAUUCCUGAUUCCAAGUCCUGAUGGGAAAACUCCCCAGGCCCUGUGGGAGUCACAGCUGGGCAGGUCUCCUCCAUGUGCCUGGCACAGACCCCCAACUCUCAUGUGGCAGCAGCAGGGAUAUAGCACCUGAGUGGAGAACUGGCCUCUCUGCUCCUGCCUGGUCCACCCUUGGCUAAUGUUCAGAGACAGGAGGUGACUAUCCUAAGCCAACACAGCAAGUUGGUGUCAGAUCUGGCUCUAGAGGCAAACCCUCCCACCACAAGUGAGCCACAUGAGCAGGCUUCAUUUUCCUUUCAGAGCCAGAAAGGUCUUUAAUACCCUAGGGUCAUUCAGCCCUUUGAAAAUCUGUGGAAGGGUUAUGGACCUUGUCCCCAGAAGAACAAACAUACCCAGCCACACUAAAAAAUUCCAAGCAAUUUCAGGAGCCCCUGAGCUUGACUAAGAACCUCAGGCAGGGUUCUUCACCUGCCAACCUUUCCUCACUGAGCCCGAGUGAGGCCACCAUACAAAUAGCAUUUCUCUGGCCUCCUUCCCUUGUGAGGGAAUAAAGAAUUCUGAGGUGGAAACCUUUUUAGUGACUCUCUUCUCCCAGACCUAACAGUAUACCAGGCUUCUAGAACCUGAUUUCCUGUCCCCUGACAUCAUCAGAGGUUCCCUGGGCUGGUUUGUCUGCCUAACAGGCUCCUGGUUUGCGUAGUGCAGCCCUCUGCUUGGCCCAUGCACAGUGAGGUCUUGGGGGAGUCGGAAUGGGGAGAAGGUCGGGGUUCAGGCUUUGACCACCCCAGAGAAGGGAUCCAUGUUCCCCCAACCACACCCAGACAGUGCCUCCUGCUCCCAAUUGUGCAGCCCCAGGCAGGCACUGCUGGGAAAGCUGGAGAGGAAGAGGGUGUGAGCCCUGUGUGCUUGUUGCUCUGGACAGUUUGAGAAGCCAGUAGGUGAACCAAGUGUCCCCCGAGGGGACAGGGUACAAGUGAAAGGGAGCAGGCCCCGGGCCAGCUGCAGGAUAUGGAGUCACCUUCACACCUGAGCAGGUCAGUUUAGAGCUACCCUGCAUCCUGUCUCCUGAGAAGGACCCAACCAUCAAAAGGUAGGACUUGCAGGGAUGCGAAGGAAACCUGUGGCUUCCUGCCCUGAGGUCUUGCUGGUCCUCUCCUGUGGAUCUGGUUCCUGGUUCUUACUGAACACCUACUGUGUACCUCAUCCUGGGAUUGCAGAUGCCCUGGGAGAUGAGAGAAGCUGGAGGUGCUCCACACCCCAGAAACAUCCACGUGGCUCCCAUCCUUGGCCAAACUCAAGGAAGCCUCAGCUAUGCACCCCUUGUUUGCUGAUGUCCAGCUGGCCUCUUCCCUGCCACAGCUGUGCUGUGCCUUCCCUCGUGUUUCUGAAAUGGGCCCCUUUCCUGCCCUCCCGGAGAAGCCCCCCUUAUCCACCAGGGCUGAGCUUCCCCAGCACCUGGCCAUGUUCCUUCCUUCUUUGAACAGUACCUGUGCUAAUGCAUUGUGUCACUCUCAAGUACAAUGUGCUGUCUUGUCUUCUGGUUUCCUCUGUGUCUCUGUGUUAUGUCUCAAAUCCCCAACCAGACUGUGAGCUCCCUGAGGGCAUAGGACCAUGUACAGGGCUAGGCUUCUCAGUCUCAGAAAAAGCUUGUCAACUGCCUGAUGGGGGCCCGCUUUGGGGUGGGGCUGAGGUUUGAAGGGGAGAGGGUAUGGGAGUUAACUAGGGGGUGCAUUUUACUGGGCCACGGAUGGGCUCCCCUGGGUCAAUCAUGGGUACAUUCCCUACUUGGGGGCAGUGGAAGCAGGAAGGACCUCCACCCAGGCUGUGCAGGUAUGCAUGUACAUGGCUGUCCAGGUGGGCUAUUUCUGGAGGUGACCAAUACCUCCCAGAGCUCACUGAGUGGAAUAAAUGUUCUCGACAACAGCUGGUGUGAAGAGUGGUCCUUGGAGGCUUAGCUGGGAGCAGAGCAGUGGCCUCUAUCUCAGCCCCCCUCUCUUU